CACCACACCAGCAGAUUCUAGUCAACGCUCCUCAACUAGGUAGGGGAGACUAGUUCAUGAAAUCGGCUGGUUUAGUAACAUGGUUGGAGCAAAUACACGGUUUGCACAUUUACUUUCUAGACCUGGUUUUUACACCUCUGGUUACACCACGCCGGCCCAGCACCCCCACACCGGGCAUCUUCACCUGCAAGAUGGUCUGAGACCAGCCACCCGGACGGCUGAUGCAACGGUGUGGCGGGAGCUGUUUUCCCCUCCUCACGCCCUCAACUUUGGGAUUGGUGGUGACGCAACACAACAUGUGCUAUGGAGACUGAGUAAUGGGGAGCUAGAUAACAUCAGCCCGAAGGUUGUAGUGCUGUGGGUAGGCACUAAUAAUCAUGGUCACACUGCAGAACAGAUCUGUGAAGGAAUCCUGGCCAUUGUCCAAGUCAUCAAGAACAAGCUGCCCCAUGCCAACACCCUUGUUCUGGGACUGCUGCCCAGGGGGAAGCUGCCCAACCGCCUGCGGGAGCGGAAUGCCCAGGUCAACCAGCUGGUUGAGGAGGCAUUGUCGUCUCUUCCCCAUGCCUCUUUCCUCAACGUGGAUUCUGGCUUCGUCCACUCUGACGGUAGCAUCUCCCACCGAGACAUGUACGAUUACCUCCACCUGACUCCUCAGGCCUACCAGGAUGUGUGCCAACCCAUACAUGCCCAUCUUAAGUCUCUGCUAGAGAAGCCAGCUGGGAACUGAGGGACAGCCAACCACCCGCAGACUGAGCGGCUCACAGACUAACACUAUUGCAGUGGUCUCUGUCCCUGUUUCUGGAGAGCCUUA